GCGCUUGCUGUUGCGAAGGGCGAUAGCGUCGCGAACGAGCGCGCAUGCAGGCAGACGGAUCAGCGGAGACGCACGUCACGAAUCUGCAGAGAUGCUGAAGGACCCGCGAUAGGGACCUUUACAAAAACACGGCGCAGUUUGUGCAUAUGUCAGAGCAAAUGAUAUCUCCUGUCGUCCUCAUGGAUGAACAUUCCGCGUAUUUACACCAUUUGACGUCUUCGACAUGAUUUAAAGCGCAUUUUGGGAGAAUUAUAAACCACACCCGGCGCUGUAAGGAUCGGGAUUGAGUAGGCACCACUGGGCUCCAAUGCCAGACCCAGGCCCCUGUCACUGGCGUUAAGGGACGAGCUCGGAGCAGACCACAGACAGGAUGAGCGCGGGGCAGGAGCAGACGGACAUCCUGUCCACGGGCAUUCUGGUGAAGGAACGAUGGAAAGUAGUGAAAAAAAUCGGCGGUGGUGGCUUUGGCGAGAUCUAUGAGGCUCUGGAUCUGAUGAACCGCACCAACGUGGCUCUGAAAGCAGAAUCAGCUCAACAACCCAAACAGGUUCUGAAGAUGGAGGUGGCGGUGUUAAAGAAACUUCAAGGAAAAGAUCACGUUUGUCGGUUUGUUGGAUGUGGCCGCAAUGAUCGCUUUAACUAUGUUGUCAUGGAACUUCAGGGCCGUAAUUUAGCGGAUCUGAGGAGGAGCAUGAACCGUGGUACUUUCACAGUCAGCACUACACUCAGACUGUGUCUGCAGAUACUGGAGGCAAUCGAGAGCAUCCACUCAGUGGGCUUUUUACACCGUGACAUUAAACCGUCCAACUUUGCCAUGGGCCGAUUCCCUAGCACAUGUCGAACAUGCUACAUGUUAGACUUUGGUUUGGCACGCCAGUUUACAAACUCCUGUCAUGAAGUCAGACCGCCGCGUCCUGUUGCAGGAUUUAGAGGUACAGUACGAUACGCCUCAGUCAAUGCUCACAAGAACAAGGAGAUGGGAAGACAUGAUGACUUGUGGUCUUUGUUCUACAUGCUGGUGGAAUUCUUGGUCGGGCAACUACCCUGGAGGAAGAUAAAAGACAAGGAGCAAGUGGGGAAGUUAAAAGAGACGUACGAUCAUCGGCUCAUGUUGAAACACCUGCCCCCAGACUUCAAUGUCUUUCUGGACCACAUCAGUAAUCUGGACUACUUUACCAAACCUGACUAUCAGCUACUGAGGACCGUUUUUGAGAAUAGCAUGAGAACCUACAACGUAGUGGAAAAUGACCCGUAUGAUUGGGAAAGGAUGAGCUCAGAUAGCCCACUGACAAUCACCGCUACAGCAAACACGCCACAGCAUCACACACGCCUCACACCAGCUCAGAUGGGCAUUUUGAAUGCCUCCAUGGUGCCUGGAGAUAUGAAGGAGAACACAGAUGAAGUUCUGAAAGAUGAGCAUCUCAGUGAUGGGGACAAUGCUCGGCCCGAGCAUCUGCCUGGAUCUUCGAACCUUCCUCUCAGGAACCAGGAGACUGAUGUCUGGGAGGACCUGGACCGCAACCGGAACCGAAUUUGUCCUGCUGUCUGGAAGAUGGGAACAGAGGAUGAACAUAGCAACCAAGGCAAUCAGAGUCCCCAUGCGGGGCUUAGCAUUGGUUCACCAGUGCGAGUCCGGUCAGAGGUGGUGCCCUCAGAUAGAGACACUCCUCUUCUGAGGAAACUGCGCAACAUCCAUAGCUUUGAGCUGGAGAAGAGACUAACUUUGGAGCCCAAACCCAACACUGAGCGUUUUGUGGAGGCCUGUUCUGGUAAGCAGCCACCUGGUACAGCACGGGAAAGGGAAGCUGAUGGGGUCCCUGGCAUGGCCAUGUCCAACGGAAGUCACACAGAGCGUGUUUGGCACUAUGACGAGGAAUUCCGCUCUGGCGGUGGCACGCCUAAGCCUGCUUCACCAGGAUCUCCUGAGCAGGGCGACGGUGCAGCUAACAGUGGCUUUGUUGCUCUAAACCUGAGCUCAGGUCUACAAGAUGUUGAGUUGCAUGAUUGGGUGAUGGUAGAGAAGGGCUCUGACCUGCAGGACUUCAAAGAGGCAGCAGGAAGUAGCCCUGGUCAUAAGGCCAAACUCACUAGUAGCCCAUCAGAUGAGUGCGAAGAGGAGCCAGAGGUUUUGCAGCCAAUGGAUGAAUCACCGGAUAAAGAAUCCACUCCUAGUCCUGUACAAGGAGACACUCACAUGCCUCACACAGUCCAGGGCCCACAAAGGAUGGACCGGUUGGAGCUCUGUGUAUUCCCUGCUGCUGGUGGACCUCCUGUUACCCCCACCAGCCCUGGUGAGGCACUGGCUGAAGGAGCUCUCACACAGCUGCCCACCUCUCCUGCAUCCCAACCUGAGGAACUUGUGGCAAGGACGUGCAGCCCCCUGCACCUGCGCUCCCCUAGCCCGCACACCCUCCUGACCACCCUAUCGGACCCCCUACACCAGCGCGCCCUGCCCGGGAUGCGCCGCAGCCAAUCUGCAGACCACCAACAGCACCCUUCCUCUUCCACCUCCUCGUGCCACGCCUCGCUGCCACUACCUUCCCAGCCCCGUGCCGCCCAUUCGCCUGGACGCAGGAAACUUCCUGCCAUUCCAGCUACUGCUGCAAACACCAAGUUCCCCUCAGUCAUACGAAUCACCCGCGCUCAGCUUCAGCAGCUGACAGCUCAGCGACCUUCUGUGCUGUCCUCCCAAUCUGCAUCUGACAGUGUUCCACUGGAGAGACGUGAUACUGAUAACGGUAACAAUGAGAUCCAUCCUCAAGACAACACAGCUGACAUCAACUCUCCACAGGAGCAGGCUGCUUUCCAGCCCACCAGCCCCUCUAAUGUUGAGGGGGAUCCUUUGCUAAAUGGGAACAGCCCUCAGAAACCUUCAAGCCCAGUGCCAAGCCUGGUGCCGUCUCCACGCACACCUCCGUCUCUGCAAAGCCCAGUUCUGAUGAAUAGCUGUCUUACACCACCUUUAGACACACAGAGAGACAACAACGAGCAGCUUCCACUCCACUCCAUAGAGCCCAACCAAUGCUCUCUGGAGGAGGGAAAGGAAGGUGGUCCUACAAGAAAUGGCCCCUCUUCUCCAGCCUCCAUUCCCAAACAAGACCCCAGUCAUCGGCACAGCCGUAUCCCAGUAUUAGAACCAUCUAGCCUUCUGGAUCCACCACCUGGAUCUGCUAAAGAGAAGUUGCUCCAGAGGAGGGUUCACCACAUUCCAGUUUCCCCCUCCGCUUCCCCGACGUUAUCCUCUGACAGGCGUGUCAUCAUGGCUGCCGUGCAGCGGGACCAGAUUUCUUCUGCCUCUUCUGAACGCUCUCAAGAUGACGAGUCGCUUCUGGGUUCUCGUUCCGAUCGUCAUGGAGAUGAUGCUCCAUCACUGUCCUCUUCCUCCAGUCCACUUUUACGGAAGAGCAAGAUACCACGGCCAGUUACCCCUACUACAGCUAGUGCGGAAACCAUCAAUGCACACUUCGUGCCCCGUCCACCACCAGGAAAACCUCCUUGCCGCUCCACUGUGGAUGCAAGGCUACGGCGGUACAGGAUUUCUUCCGGCAGCACCAGUGACUCAGACCUGCUGACCUGUUUGGCCCAGCUAAUGCAUGCCAGCUCACCUCGUGGAUCACCGCACCACAGCUGCUCAUCCCCCCAACAUGUGGGCACGAGGCAUGUGUUCGUCAGUCCCAUCGCUGCUCACCACCUCCACCAGCGCAGCUCUAGCGCCUCUCCCCGCAGUUCCUCCUCACUGCAACGCUCCGUCAGUUCUUCCCCAUCCCGCCACGAGCAUCGCGGGGGCUGUCUUGCCCGCAGCCGCUCUCCACCCAGUUUCUCUGGCUCGCCUCCUCUGCGCCGCUCUUAUCCUCACACACAGGAAGGAUGCUGCGGGAGACAGGCCCGCGCCGCCUCCAUACACACCCAACGGGGCAAAUCCGCCAUCCGUGAGCUCAGGUGCUCGAGCAAGCUGAGCAGAUAGUCAACUACAAGUUUUAGACACUAGCAGAAGAAGUGAAUGAGUGAAAGUGGGACAUUUGAGUUUCAAAUGUCCCAAUUUCUAUAUAGCUAAAAAAAAAUUUGAUUCACGUUCCGUCACGCAUCUGCAGUUUUUGCAACUCCUUUGUUUUCUCUCCAUCAGUAGCCUCAAUUUCAAGAUGCUGCUUUGAACACUAAAGUCAGUUUCAGAACAUGGGAGGUUAUACAGUACAUGAUGGUGAUUGGCUGGAUCUUUUGUAUUUUAUAGUUUCUUUUCUUUUAAACAUUCCAGAGCUUUAAUGAAGAAGAUUGUAUGUAUUCAUGAACUACAUAAGGUUUGCUUCAAGCUCGGCUGUACUAUAGUAUAUAUUAUGUUAUUUAUUUGGGCUUCGCUGCAUUGCAGCCCUCUCCGAGCAGUGGCAGGUACACUGAUAGAUCAUGCCAUCAUUAACCCUUUCUGUGCUCUCUGCUGUGGCAACCGUCAGCCUCUGUAAGUGGCCUGAAAUGUACUCUACGCAAGUAACAAAAUGAAAAUCGGUCGGGUUUUACUUUCAGGUUAACUACUGUCAUGAUGGAGCUACGGUUACAAGAGAACCUUCCUGAGUUGGCUUUCAAAUUCUGUCAUUAUUUACUCACCCUCAUGUUGUUCCGAAACUGUAUUCCUUUCUGGUUGCCGUGAUUUCGCCAAGCAAGACAUGUCAUCUGUUGUUGAUCCUGGAACAACAUUCCUGUUCCUGUCUUAACCCUAUCCCUACCCCUAAAUCUAAACCUACCCAUAAUUUAUCCCUAAAAUCAGAGGGAAAUGAUAGGUGAAUAAGAAUGGUGUAGUAGUCUUUAACCUUUGUUGUUAACCUAAACUUGACACAAACUAAAAAACUAUCCCUCAAAUCUGAUUGAUUGAUUGAAAUGUUCCAGGAUCAACAAGGAUGUUGAUCCAGAAACAUGUUAUACUUGGUGAAAUCAUGUUAACCAUUUCAGUCUUAUGUGGAACAUAGAAGAAAAUAAUAUCUCUGUUUUGUUUUUUUUGGGGGGGGGGGUUUAUACAAUGGAAGUCAGUGGUAACCAAAAAUGUUUGGUUACCAACAUUCUUCAAAAGAUCUUCUUUUGUGUUCCACAGAAGAAAGAAAUUCAUACUUUGUAUGUACAAUGGGAACAUGUGCUUAAAAUGGGCUGGCCAAGCAUUUGCAUUUGUGUACUUGCGUAGACCAUUUCUGACCUCACUGAGUUUGCAAGAGGAACACCAGAGGAUCAGUCUCCCCCCAGAAAUGGUGACCACUGAAACAAUCAAAAAAAAAAAAGUGUUCUUGUGCUUCGAUGUGCCUAAAUAAGUUUUGCUUUGGAAUAUAUAUAUAUAUAGGGCAGGCUUUCAGAAUCUAGAGUCACAAACUAUUUAUUUAAAAUUUUUAUGCAGUGCUUCUGGUAUCCCACAGCAUUUUUACUUAACAUAAAACUCUACAGACGUCCUUAAAACUAGAUUGCAUUUUUGAAUAUCAAAUAUUUCGUUAAUUUGAUUUCUGCUGUCAGCUACCAAUGAGAAUUGAAUUCUUUCAAAUCCAUAACACAUUUACUAUUGUUAACCCAUUUUACAGAUUCCAAGCAGAAAGUUUGCAGAUUCUCUCUGGGUGUCUUGCUUCGCAUAUCAAAAAAUGACUUCUCUCCUUGCUUAAAAUAUCAAGGAUCAGUCAAAAAACGUAAUGUUAAAGGAGAAGGUUUUAAAAUUGCAAUACUUUUACAUUUUCUGAAUUUAAGGUAAGAGUACUGAUAAUGAUACAGUAGCCAAUAUCACUGACUAAACAUAGUUUUAUUGUAUGUGCCACAUGAUAUUCAGUUGAAAAAAAUUGAAUGAAGAUUAGUUUUACAUUACAAAACCUCAGCAUUUUUUAGCUGCAAUUUGCCAUUUGUCACUCCUAUCGAAGUUUUUUGUGUUUCAUAAUUCCUUAAAAAUAAUAAUACCUAUUUUUAAAAAGCAUGCAGCUAAUUCCCUUCAAAUACUGGAGCAUUAACAUACACAGCCGUCUUCCUUUUCCGCUUGUAAUAUAGCUUCCACUUCCCAUAGAAGGCCAACACUUUGCAUGAGCUAGAGAGAAAUAAAAUGCCGCAAUGUACAAUAAACACAGCUUACAAGUUUUCAUAUACCUGGAGUUUGUAGCCUGAUAAGUACUGUCAGCUUGUAAAUAGGGACUUCAUAUUUGUUUUCCUGUCCGUCCUCUGGUUUGUGUUUUAGCUCAUUACCCACGUUUUAACUUUAUAUGAGCACUUGCAGAAUGAAUGUUUGUGUUCCUACUCAAUCCUUGGCUGGUUAAUAUGCAUUUGUGUAUGCCGGUGUAAUCUGGUAGGUGAUUUAUCAGAGCAUGUGGGACAUCAGCAAAUGGCAUCGUAAAAAUAUUAAUAUUUUCUCAUGGCAGAUGAAAUUUAGGGAUUGAAAAAAGGCAUUAGUAGCAUGAUUUCCCCCCAAUAUAGCAUCACUUUAGUUGUACACUAUUGAGAGUUGCAAUCACAACCUUUGAUAUUAAAAUAAGAUCUCCAUUCUGCCCUAAGACACAGUCUGGUCAAGUCACCUUAAAACUGCUGUUUUCUACCAUCACUGCAAUAAAUCCUUUGGCCGAAGUAGAUUACAGGCAAAUUUCAACCUGUCAAAGUUCAUCAGAUCACUGUUAAAUAACAAAGAAAACAGCACAGAAUUUUCCUGGACAUCCUGAAAUGCUGUUUUUCAUUUCGUUGACAAACCCCUUCGCCUUCUGUAAAAUAACAUCAAUCUAUUUAGCGUUUAGUGAAAUGCUAGUCUAGUAUACUGUAAUCUAGUAUACUGGUUUUAUCUCUUCCAAACUAGACCAUUCAAAAACACACAACAUUGAUUUUCUUUUCUUAACUUGUUUGUCCCAUGUGUUUGUCUAUAUUUUAAACAAUUAAACUGCACAUUAUUGUUAUUGCAAUGGACUGACAGUUUAUCCGUGUGGUACGAUGAUUUCUCAUCUCUAAGGAUCUGAAGGGAAUAAACAAAACUAGAAAGUUGCAAAUGUUCCAAAGGCUGGAUUUCUCUAUUACUGUUCUAUUAUUAAUGGUCACAAAAUGACAUAAUGAUGUAACAGUCUGAGAAAAGAAAACAAUACACGAUGAUAACAGUUUUGCAUCUGUAUAAUUUUUAUUUAAUUGUUUUUACUGCAUAUUGUUGUUCACAAUUUAUGAAGUUAAAUGUACAGUGUACAAAAGAAUGUUAUGGGGUGGGACAUUGUACAUUAUUGUAAUUAUUUGUGUUAAUUUUUAUUUGUAUCAUAAAUGCCUUGUACAGUGUUUUUUUCCGUUUUGUUUAUUUGUUGUUGUUUUUUUCAGUUGGAAUUAUUUUGUAUUUUAUUUUUAUAAACUUGCUAUGAAUAAAAUUUUCAUUCAGCAUGCCAACAUAGGUCUUCAAACAUGAAAUGUCUCUAUAUUCUAAUCUAAAUUCUGAAUAAAGUGCCAAUUUUGAAACUUUUAUUUUGAAAA